AAAGAGCGCGCAUGUGCGGCGCGUGGCAUUGUUGGUAUAAGCGAGGAAGUAAAAUGGCGGACCUGGCAAACGAAGAAAAACCUGCCAUAGCUCCUCCAGUCUUUGUGUUUCACAAAGAUAAACCACAAAAGAGGUCAGCUGAUGGGUCCAGUGCGGAAGAUGGAGAUGACUCAGACCGAGAGGAUGGUGCACCCCCUGUGAAGAGAGAGAGGACAUCGUCCUUAACACAGUUCCCACCUUCACAUUCUGUUUCCAAGAACAAUGUGUUUAUGCCUUCAAACUUCUGUCAGUCUCCAUCUGGAAAUUCUGACUCUGAACCUGAAGAGAAGCCCUUUGGAUUUCGUCUGAAACCACCUACCUUGAUCCAUGGACAGGCACCAAGUGCUGGGGUCCCUAGCCAGAAGCCAAAGGAGCAACAGCGUAGUGUACUGCGCCCAGCUGUACUGCAGGCCCCUGCACCAAAGUCUUUCAUGCAGCAGAACUCUAAUACUGGAACAAAUGGGGUAAGCAAGCCCUCGGAGGGGAAGACAGAGGGGCAGCCAGCCUCCCAGAGAACCACAGAGAACUCGGACAGUGUUGCAGACGGAAAGAACAAGGAACAGGUGGAUCAAAACAGUGUUUGUCUGGAAACCAAAGGAGGUGUCUCUCCUACAAAUGAACCUCAGAUAGGGGAAACAAAUUAUUUCUUGCAGUACAUUAGUACAUCUAGUUCAAAGAAAGGCACAGAAGAUACUGAUGUGGGAUCAAAGUUUAUUUUUGGACAAAACAUGUCUGAUCGUGUCCUGAGUCCUCCAAAGAACACUGAAUUGUCAGCAGAGGGCAGCAAAGAGUUCACUGUUGGUCCAGUGCAGGAACCCUCCUUGCCAGAUGUAACCCCAGAGAAAGGUUCUGUAGCUAUGCUAACUAACAAUGUGGCUGAGUCCUUGGAGGAGUCAGCAGCUGCUUACACUAAAGCCACAGCCAAGAAGUGCUUGUUAGAGAAAGUAGAGGUAAUCACUGGAGAGGAGUCUGAAAGUAAUGUUUUGCAGAUUCAGUGCAAGUUGUUUGUGUUUGACAAGACAUCCCAGUCGUGGGUGGAAAGAGGUCGAGGGCUGUUGAGGCUGAAUGACAUGGCAUCCACAGAUGAUGGAACACUGCAGUCAAGACUAGUAAUGCGCACCCAGGGCAGUUUGCGGUUGAUCCUCAACACAAAGUUAUGGGCCCAGAUGCAGAUUGACAAAGCAAGUGAGAAGAGCAUUCGAAUCACUGCUAUGGAUACUGAAGACCAAGGGGUCAAAGUCUUCCUCAUAUCGGCGACUUCAAAGGAUGCUGGGCAGCUCUAUGCUGCCCUUCACCACCGCAUACUGGCCUUACGAAGUCGUGUUGAUCAGGAGGCAGAGGCCAAACCUGCUCCAUCAGAGGCUGAGGUGCCCCAGUCCAAUGAGGAUGACAGUGAUGAUGAUGAUGUUCUUACCCCUUCAGCUGGCUCCAAUGCAGCCAGUGGCUCCCAAGAGAGUGGAGAGGGUGUAGACGCACAGGCAGCCGGGAGUACAUAGCCUUUUCUCUGCCUGCUGUGACAGUGUGGUGGUCAGCCUUGCAGGCACCACAAUGGACGACUUGCUCUGCUCCGGCCUUGGGGUAGAAGUCCACUUCAAUAAAGGAUCCCAUCUAAAUUCUUGACACUUGGGUCUGAGAAGUUGUAUCCUAGCCAUUUGCAAAGUGAACUGAGGUGGUUGUUCUUUGCUUUUGUUCACCUCGUUUUAAACUGCAAAAUUGCAGAGAACUUUUUUUUGUGUUUUUCCUUCCUGCUUUGGUUGUGGACUUGGAUUCUCAUCAUAUUGAUGAGUGCGAGGGUCCUGGGGAGAUGGGGAAUUUGCUUCCUCUGCUUUCCAGUUCAAGAUUAUGCACAUUUUAGGACUCUGCUGUUAAAGUUUCAGCCCUUCCUGGCUUGGCAAGAGAGCAGAUGUCAUGGACUUUGAGCAUGGCUCCUGUGUUGGAAGGCUAGUAAGUCACCUGCCCAAUAACACUUUUUAUAAAGUUACUGCUUUUCGAUUUAUCAAUUUGUCCAUCACAUGACCGCUAACAUUCUGUAGUUAUUUCAUGAAGUAACUCCUGCAUAUAUGGUGGUUAGUCAAGAUGUUUUUUGGAAACACUUUUCACCUUUUUACAUUUUGAUGUUCAAUAAGGAGCUAUUAAAGAAACACACAGCCCUUCUCCACUUGGUCUAUGCACAGGAUGAAAAGUAAAUAUCCUAAUACCCGUACAAAACUGUGUGAAAAGGCUUAGGAUUCUACUAACAGAUUUGUUGAAAUCACUUUUUGUAACUUCAGUGAUGAACAAUUUCGUAAUUAGCAGCUGUAUUUGUCAAACUUACUCAUGGUAUAUAUUCUGUUAAAUUUUUACAUUUCAUCAGCAAAAAAUUUUAAAUGUUUCUUUGGAAAUUUGAGUUUUUGUAUCUGCUACAUUUUAUCAUUAUUACUGUUUAAGAACUUGCAACAGAACUGCUGCCAAUAUUGGAGUACUGAAGUAAGCCUAUUCUUUAAAGACGUUAAAAUACCUGUUAGGGCACAGCUUUUAAAGGAGUAGUAAUUCUGGUCAGAAAAUAAGUUUUAUUGUAAUCUUUUCAGAUUUGCUUCUAUAGUUCCAGGUUUUCUAAAGUCAUUUUUGUUACAGAGCAGGUCCCUCUUUCUGUCCUGAAAUGAUGCACCUGAUGCUGUUCUUCUGGAAACUAUUUUAGUCCAUUGGUAAAUACUGCGCCACAUUUGUGUUGGUUGUCGCAUAGCUACAGUUGUGUAACCAUGUGUUUUGUAGGUGUCAUUGUACAUCUGUCCAGUGGUUUGUGUACUGUUACUGCUUUGUUAGUCAUAUUUUCACAGAGUUAUUUUUGUGUUGAGCAGCAGAAUGCCAGGUGUGUCACUGAGAGGAGAUUGGUUUAGUGCUGGAGUCAACAUGCCACCAGCCUGGAACUGUAUAAAUUUUUGAUCCCUACUAUUAAACGUAUGACAUGCCUACAUCUUGAUGAGAGUGGUCCUUUUAGGACAAGAGAGGCUAUGGGAGGCAAUUAUAAUUCUUUUCCUUAAAUGGAUACAGCCAGUGGUGUAGUUCAUUAAACGCCUCUUGUCAUGUAAUUUUUCCCUCAGUAUAAAAUACUGGAUUUAGAACUGCAUUUAAGUAGUGUUCAAAAAAGGGGGGGAGGAUUUCAGUAUGCAUUUAGUCAAAGCUGAAUUUAUUUUUCACUUUUCCCAAAAAAAAAAAAAAAAUCCAAACUACCAUAGCCUUAUAGAUAUUCUUAUUCUGGGAUCAAUUAAUAUUAGUUUCUUCUUAGUGCUACAUGUCCACUGGGUGGAGUAGUGUAUUCACAGGUUGGAGGAGAGGUUCAUCCUAGUCCAUUACAUAUAGCUAGGUGAAAAUUCUCUGGAAGAAAUGUUAUAUGAGGAUCUGUGUCAUCGCCAAAAACUGGACAUUUACCAGUGUGCAUUCCAUUAUUUCAGCACACAUCUGACAUUUUGAAUAUCAAAACUAGUACAUUAGUUACCUUAAGCGCUUUCUUUUAGCAGCCAGCCUUUGUGAAAAUAUGUAUUUUUAACUAGGAAAAAAGGGAAAAUGCAAAUUGAAGUAUAGUUGAAGUGUAAAAAUUCCUUAUGUACAUUAUUGAACAAGCAGCCUUAUAGUAUAAAGGAUUAUCCUUCCAUUAAUUUUUAUAUUAUUCACUGUAUUUUGUAGAAUGUCACUAGUUUCUGUGCUUAUAUUGUUUUUAUAAUUGACUUUUAAUCUGUUUAUGUACCAAGAUACAAAGGACAGUUUCUCUGGUCACAGGGCUCACAAAUGAAUGUAUGGUCUGCAUAUAGGAAAUGGGAAUAGGAAAGGGGAUUUGUCUCACAGCACUUCAUUUGCUAAUUUUCUGCUUAAUUUCCUGCCCUGACUCUAGAUGCGUCAAGUAGUUGACAUUCAAAUUUUUUACAUUUAUAUAUGGUUAUGCUAUCUAGACACUGAUGGACCCCUUGCCUACUCAUGUUUAGUGAAUUUUGGAAAAGAUCUUUCAAUUUGCAUGUGUGUUUAGUAGUAUUUCUUCACAAUUUGGUGCUAUUUUUGUUAGGAACCCCUUUGGUUACUCUUACUCAAUUUUACAUGUUUUUGAUAUACCACCUGGAAGGCUGUUUUUUAACUCAUUGUACAGAUUUUCACAGGAUAUUUAACCCCCACCCAAGGAGAACCUUUUAGCUGCUGUAUUAUAGACAUGUUAAAUGACUUAUGUGCAGAAACUUUAAUUAUACCAAGUAGUUUUGUUUUAGCUUCUGAAUAUGUCAGCUUAUGCUGUAUUUGGCUUAUGUUUGUCAUCUACAUCAUCUUAGGAUUGUAUGAAU